CGUAAUUUUUAGUUCCAACAUAGUCUCAUCAGAGUUUAUUAUAAAAAAUCACUGUUAUUAUAGAGACAGAGACCGGACAGGAUCUAUUAUUGUUGAUAAUUGAAGAGACAUAGACAGUACAAGGGUUUAACACAUUUCCGAAAGUCAUGGUUUUCACAAAAUUUGGUGGUGCAUCGUUGUCUUCGCUGAUCACCAAAACCCAGGAAGGAAAAGUCUAGUCAAGAUUCUUCCUGUAUGAAGGGUACAAUAUAUAUAUAUGAUGUAUAUACGUGAGUGGGAUGUAUGAGUGCCUUUCAAAAUCUUUACAAGAUUAAUAAAAGAUUCAAACAUUAUUUCGUAUUUGUAUGAAGAAAGCAUCAAUGGGCGAGUUUCCAUUUGUGUUAGUAUUGCUGCUUUUCCUUUGUACACCAAUUUUUGCAGUUGAUAGCUUAAGACAAGUGGAUUCUAUCUCUGAUGGCAGAACCUUGGUCUCCCAAGAAGGAAGGUUUGAGCUUGGUUUCUUCAGUCCAGGAAAUUCCAAAUAUCGUUACUUGGGAAUUUGGUUCAAAAACAUCUCUGUUCAAACUGUUGUUUGGGUUGCCAACCGUUACAAUCCAAUAUACGACAUGUCGGGUUCGUUGCAUUUCAACAGCAGUAGCACAAAUCUUGUUCUGUUCGGACAGAACAAGACAAUCGUUUGGUCAUCGACGACACCAACGAGUCUAGAAAGAAAUCAAGGCCAAAAGCCAAUUCUUAUGCUUUUGGAUUCUGGAAACCUGGUGAUCAUAGAUGAGAAAAAUAGAAACUCAAAAACAUAUUUAUGGCAAAGCUUUGAUUAUCCUUCUGAUACAAUGUUACCUGGUAUGAAAACAGGGUUCAACAUAAGAACAGGGCAUACUUGGCUUAUGACAGCAUGGAAGAGUGCAGAUGACCCUUGUCCAAUCGAUUUGACUUGUGGGAUGGAGCCUCAUGCUUACCCUGAAUUAUCUAUUCGAACGGGCAAAAGGAUUUACUAUCGUCAUGGCCCAUGGAACGACCUUCGUUUUAGUGGCACACUUCAUUUGAGGCCAAACCCGAUUUGUGACUUGGAAUUUGAACACGACGAUAAUGAAGCUUUUUUCAGGUACUUUAUCAAGGUUAAAUCUAUCAUCAGCAGAAUAAUCAUCAAUCCUACAACCAGUGCCCGCGAACGAUAUGAUGGACCGAAGCAGAGAACUCUUUGAGUCUUUACUCUUCAGCUCCCAUAGACUACUGUGAUAGCUAUGGACUAUGUGGAGUCAAUGGCAAGUGUGUUGGAAGCUCUAACCCAGUCUGCCAAUGUCUUAAAGGGUUUAAGCCCAAAUCUCAGGUGAAUUGGAA